GACUAGCCGUUGCGUUCAUAUUUUCUCUCUUUCAUCUUUAUCUUCCUCUUCCUCCUCCUCCUCCUCCUCCUCCUCUUUUGCUCUUGCCCAUGGCGGCCUCUGUGGAUUCUCCGUCGUCUUCACAUCCCAACCACAACCAGGGUUCGUCGCCAUUGUUCAGUCCCGCUUCAGAUAAGCGUUUCUGGAGCUCCCUUCAAGGUAGAGUAGAAUCGCUUCUUGAGGAACGAAAUGGAAUUUCUUCAAAUCAGGAUCCUACCGUGCAAAUAAAUACGAGAAAAUCGGAAAGGGCCAAGAGAUUGAAGGAAGAUUCUUUGCUUUUGCUGAGAGGUUUCGACUCUGUUGGCUAUACUCUGUCUCAGCUGUCCAACAAUUUGGAUAACGCCUUGCAGGGCGCUAGAGAUCUAGUCAAGGCACCAACCUUGAUGGAGAUCUUCCACAGCAACCUCAAGGACUCGGAGGUUGAGGAAGAUGAUUCCAUAAGGAAAGGAAAUGAGUUGGUAGAGACCAAGCAAGCAACAAAGAGAAAAUUUGAUGACAGCCAUUGCUCAGAAGAAUUAGGGGAUGAUCUAGAGAAAAAAAACCAGCCAAACCCAAACGACAAGCUUAAGAAGGCCAAAAAUCUUGCAGUUACAAUGGCAACAAAAUCAGCCUCCCUAGCAAGAGAAUUGAUAUCAUUAAAAUCCAAUUUAUGUUUUAUGCAAGAGCGAUGUGCCAUACUUGAGGAAGAGAAUAGGAGACUUCGCGAUGGCUUCUCGAGAGGCAUCAGACCCGAAGAAGAUGAUCUGGUCAGACUUCAAAUGGAGGCAUUACUUGCUGAGAAAUCUAGAUUAGCAAACGAAAAUGCAAACUUGACCAGGGAAAAUCAAUGCCUUCACCAGCUUGUGGAGUACCACCAGCUCACAGCCCAAGAUCUCUCUGUAUCUUACGAGGAAGUUAUUCAAGGCAUGUGCUUGGACUUCUCGUCACCACCACCAGCCAUUGCUGAAGAAGAUGAAGAAGAAGAAGAAGAAGAAGAAUGUGACAGUAAUGACAAAGAAAUCACUCGAACACCUAGAGCUGAUCUUUGUAGCUUUUCGUCCUCUCUUGGUGAGCUCCACCAAGAAGAGUAGAGAGAAGUGAUUUUGGACCAGAAGAUGCAGUUUUGCUAUUCUGUUUUUUUUUUCUUUUCUCAUUUUACAUUCCUGUAACUGAGUACCUUAAUCUUCACUGCAUUUAGUUUAGAAAUAAAUCCUUUUACUUAUCAAACCAAAAUUUCUAAUAGCUCUAGGCUUCUGUGAGUGAUGGCAUGAUAAGACUAUAAUCCUGUUUUCUUAACAUAUCAAAGCCUUACUGUAACACUCCAUGCUUUGCUACCAGGUUCUGAAAUUUGUGACGUGUGUAAUCCAAGAGGGAAAAAUCAAGUCC